UCCUCGAUCUCUGUGAAUAGGAAGUGCAGUCCCAUGUCAUCUGCUCCAGGUAUGACUGCUUCUAACCACAGCAGUGUUAGCCGCACAUUCUUCCACUUGCUGGGCAUCCCUGGCCUUGAGGACCAGCAUGUGUGGAUCUCCAUCCCCUUCUUCAUUUCCUAUGUCAUCGCCCUGCUUGGGAACAGCCUGCUCAUCUUCAUUAUCUUCAUGGAACGGAGCCUCCAUGAACCCGUGUACCUCUUCCUCUGUAUGCUGGCUGGAGCAGACCUUGUCCUCUCCACAUGCGCAGUCCCUCAGGCCUUGGCCAUUUUCUGGUUCAAUAUGAAGGAGAUCUCCCUGGAUCACUGCAUCACUCAACUUUUCUUCAUCCAUUCCACCUUCAUCUCUGAGUCGGGGAUCUUGCUAAUGAUGGCAUUUGACCGCUAUAUUGCCAUAUGCUACCCUCUGAGAUACACCACUAUUCUUACACACACACUAAUUGGGAAAAUCGGUACGAUUGCCUUUCUGAGAAGUUAUGGUACAAUUUUCCCCAUAAUAUUUCUUUUGAAAAGGUUGACUUUUUGCCAAAGUAAUGUCAUUCCACACACCUAUUGUGAACAUAUUGGCUUGGCCAAAUAUGCUUGUAAUGACAUUCGAGUGAAUAUCUGGUAUGGGUUUUCUAUCCUCAUGUUAACAGUGGUCUUAGAUGUCCUAUUAAUUUUUGUUUCUUACAUUCUGAUUCUCCAUGCUGUCUUCCACAUCCCUUCCCAAGAUGCUCGUCACAAGGCUCUCAACACGUGUGGCUCCCAUGUCUGUAUCAUCAUUCUCUUUUAUGGGCCUGGAAUCUUCACAAUCCUUACUCAGAGGUUUGGCCGCCACAUUCCACCUCAUAUCCACAUCUUGUUGGCUAAUGUCUGCAUGCUUGCUCCACCUAUGCUGAACCCCAUCAUUUAUGGGAUCAAGACCAAGCAGAUCUGGGAGCAGGUAGCCCAUGUGUUGUUUACAAAGCAGAAAUAA